AUGUCUUCCAGCCAAGCCUACCAACUUCCCACCCAAUCCAGCGCCUUCGCGACCGGCUACGCUGCAGGCGAAGCAUCCAACGGUCCUCUGGUCCAGUAUGUGUGCGGCGAGUGCAACACGAAAGUGAGUCUGGGAAGAGGCGACGUCAUCCGAUGCAGCAUGUGUGGGCACAGAGUGCUUUACAAGGAGAGAACGAAGCGGUAUGUCAUGCGCCCUUUCCAAUCCUGA